AGCAGUGUGUGUGAGGCACACACUCAUGACUCAACACUCAACAGCAUAAUAGGAGGAGGGAGGACCCAUUUGCCAUUUGAUAUUGAUUGUGGCCAACCAUGGCAGAUAACUUCCUGCCCACGUGUCAGCCAUACGAAACACCCCAAGAAAUUAAUCCAUACGAAAUCCCUCUUUCCACAAUUUCUUGUUUCAUCAAGAAUUUACAUUGAAGUAUCAGAAAAAGGCCAGCAAGAAGAAGAGGAAGAAAAAGAUAGGAUCUUUGUGAAAAAAGAAAAGAAAAAAACUGUAUAAUAAUUGCAGAAAUGGCAUCAGCAACUGCUUCUUUGGGUUCGUCAGCUAUAGUUCAGUCAACCUCUGGGGGAUUUAGAGGCCAAAAGCCUUCGCUUUCAGCUCCCAAUUCACUUAUUUCAACGAGGAGACAUUCUCGACUUGUGGUGAAGGCAACUUCUCGUGUUGAUAAGUUCUCGAAAAGUGACAUAAUUGUAUCUCCAUCUAUUCUUUCCGCUAAUUUCUCUAAACUAGGAGAACAGGUCAAAGCAGUUGAGUUGGCGGGUUGUGAUUGGAUUCAUGUUGAUGUUAUGGACGGUCGUUUUGUGCCGAAUAUUACGAUUGGGCCCCUCGUUGUCGAUGCCCUGAGACCAGUCACGGAUCUGCCAUUAGAUGUGCAUUUGAUGAUUGUGGAACCAGAGCAGCGAGUCCCGGACUUUAUAAAGGCUGGAGCUGAUAUAGUCAGUGUUCACUGUGAACAAUCUUCAACCAUCCAUUUGCACCGUACAUUGAAUCAAAUUAAGAGUCUAGGAGCCAAAGCUGGAGUUGUGCUGAACCCUGCAACUCCAUUGACCACCAUAGAGUAUGUUCUUGAUGUGGUUGAUCUGGUACUAAUUAUGUCUGUCAACCCUGGAUUUGGCGGGCAAAGCUUCAUAGAGAGCCAAGUAAAGAAAAUAUCAGACUUGAGAAGAAUAUGUGCCGAGAAAGGAGUAAACCCGUGGAUUGAGGUAGAUGGUGGAGUUGGUCCUAAAAAUGCCUACAAGGUAAUUGAAGCUGGGGCCAAUGCCUUAGUUGCUGGCUCUGCUAUUUUUGGAGCUCCCGAUUAUGCUGAAGCUAUUAAAGGCAUCAAAACCAGCAAAAGGCCCGUGGCUGUUCCAGUUUAAGCUUUCCACUGAAGAUUUUAUUUCGGCACAUAUAUAUAUUUGGGGUUCAGUGAAUAAUAAUCCAGAGUCCACUUGGAAAGGCUCGUUAUUGGAAUUACUGUUACAGGAUUCGUUUGUCUUGUCAAAAAAGAAGGAUGACUAGAAAGAAAGACUUGAUUUUUGCGAUCAUAUGUUCGUAGCAUAUAAAAUCCUCAUUAAGGAUUUCGUGUAAUGGAAAGAUGAUAGGCUAAUUAAUAGCCUUCAGGUGCAUGUGCUACUUUUAUUUUUUGGUGUACAAAUGUAAAGUAUACUGGUGAGAUCAGUUACAAUCAUAAUGCAAGCAGUAUAUUUCUAAAGUGAGCUUUUUGCAGUGAAUGCAGAUCAGUGAAACUGUGAAAAACGUGCACUACCUUA